AUGCAAGAUGCCAAUGCAGGUGCACCUAUAGGCGCGGCACGUCGAACAGGUGCUAGGGAUUUAUCAGCCGGUUACAACCACCCGACUACCGUACUUGUUCAACUUGCAGCCCUAUCUGGUGAGACGGUUAUACUUUGGUGCGCCUUUGCAAUGAUAGUCGAGUGA